AUGUUCAAGAAGAAGCCAACCAUCAAAAACCUCUCUCCACUGCGAUCCUCGGACCGGCGCAAAUUAGCUGAUCAGAUUAUCAGCGACUACAGGAUUGCGAUACCAUCGACGCCCGGUGAGGCUAGCGACGUCACUCCAACAAAUCCCGCACAACCAACCCUCACAUCCAUACGCAAUGCCCUCCUCCCCGAAAACUGCCUCUCUGCACGCUUCACAACGACCGCCGGUCCUGAUUUACGCGAAGUCCAAGGCACCGUAUACGUUGGCACCCACAGCGACGGCGACGAGCGAGUCCUCUGGUUCAAGAUCGAUCAAGGGCCCGGCGCUGAAAAACGUCUAUACCCCACCGUGUACAUGCUCUGGCAUAAUGCAAACAUCGUGCCAUUGCUCCACACACCAGAGUUUGUUAUGGGGAAGCUCCGGUCUGGCGCGGACCUGAUGACUCCGGGCCUGGCAAAUGAGCCUCCGUUUGAUGAGCGCGCAGUCAAGGGAGCAGUUGUCGCGGUGGCGAGCUUGGAUAGGGUGGCUGUGCCGUUGUUUGUGGGGGUUUGCGAAAUUGAUGUUUCUGCUCUUGGGGAGGUUCAGGGGACAAAGGGACAUGCUGUACGGGGUAUUCAUUGGGAGGGGGAUGAGUUGUGGGCGUGGAGCCCGUCCUCGAGACCUGGUGUUCCUGCUCCAGAGUAUCUGGAGGGGUGGGAUGAGGUGGAGGAAGAGAGAGAAGCUGGUAUUGAGGAAAAGGUUCAAGGGCUAGAGUUGGAAGAUAAAGAUGGUCAGGAAGUCGAAGCAGACGCUGCAGAGCCUGCUCAUGAAGCGGCGGAAGAGCCGAUUGCCGAGAAAGAGCCUACAACGAAAGAAAUCGAUGAUGCAUUCGAAAAGGCCUUUCUUUAUUCUCUAUACAAACUAAAGCAGGACAACCCAUCAACACCCAACCAUGGCCUGUCUCUCCCUAUCUCGCCGUCAGCAUUCAUGGCAAACAUGAUCACCCCGUAUCUCCCUGUAUACACCGCACAGCAAGCUCAGUAUUACCAAAUCAAGAAAACAAGCUGGAAGAACGUGAAGAAGUUCCUUUAG